GUGUUUGCACAGGGCUUUGAAGUGGAAAAGUGCCACAGCAGGGCUGGCUGGGCUAUCACUUGUUCUUAUCUGGUGACAGAAAGGCCUCCCAGGGGCUGGGGGGUGCCCCCCCCCUUCCGGGAUGAGCUUCCAGGCCUGGGGCAGCGGCUGCUGGGGGGGGGGGGGGGCUGGCCGGGCCCCAGGACCCCCCUGAGGCGCUGGGUGCGUGGGGACGUGGCGCUGGGAAGGGAGACGUGGGGUCCCGGGGGUGCGGGGCUCUGCGUGUGCCGUGCCCCCCGCCGUGGGGGCGGCCCCUGCCCAUCGCGGUGGUGUCGGGGCUGCUCGGCCCGACGCGGUGGGGCACCCCAGGGGCUGUCUGCCCGGUGCCUGGCCCUCCCCGCCCGGUGUCGCGGCCGGUCCCUCCCCGGUAGUGCGUCCCGCCCCGCCCCGGGCAGCACCGCCCCCGCUGCCGCCGGUGCCGCGGCCCGGCAUGGCCCCGCUGCUCGGCGCCGUCUGCCUGGCCUGCACCCUCGCCAUGUUCGGCACCGGCCUGUCCGACCUGCGCCAGAUGUUGGCAACCAAGAGCGUGGAGAACAUCCAGUUCCUGCCCUUCCUCACCACCAAUGCCAACAAUCUGAGCUGGCUGGGCUAUGGCUGCUUGAAGCCAGACUGGACACUGAUCACCGUCAACACCAUCGGGGCGGCCCUGCAGACCCUCUACAUCCUGGCAUAUCUCUACUACAGCCCUGCAAAGGCCAAGAUUGUCCGGAGCAAGUCGACACGCUGCCUGUCCUUCCCUCUGACUGUCACCACCUUCCUGGCCUCCACCAGCUGGACGCUCUAUGGCCUGCAGCUCAACGACCUCUACAUCAUGGUCCCGAACGUGCCGGGGAUCGUUACCAGCGUCGUGCGGUUCUGGCUCUUCAGGCGGUACCCGCCGGGCCAGGACAAGGCCUACAGACUCCUGCACACCUGAGGUGGCCCCCCCAAGGAAGGACCUCAUGUCCUCGCAGAUCGAUGAAGGAGCCCCCAGUGCCCGUUUCCCCCCCCCCCCCCGCCAGUUUGCUCCAGCGCAGACUGGCCCCGGCCACUGAGCCCCGGGUGCCACCACGGUGCUGCUGUCCCCCUCAGCCUAUGGCCACCCGCUCCUGGCAAGACCGGGGCGCCAGGAGGGCAUCUCCUGCCUCUGCUGCCGUGGUUCGCCCUCACCGGCGUCCCUCCAGCCCCUGGUCCUUUGGUGAUGGGUGGGUUGGUCUCAGCGAUGCCUUUGGGCUGGCAGGAGCCCGCUGCCCCAGUCCAGUCCCGUGGCUGUCCCUGGGGACCCCUGGACAGUCUUCCAUGCCCACAGCUCUGCCACAGCGCCGGGCUGGGGCUGCCAGGCAGCCCUGCGUCUCUUUUGUAUGAAUUUAAGUGCCUUUUAAUAAAUCAGAGACUCUUCCCAGCUCCUGA